GCCAAACCAAGAGAAACAGAUCGCCAUAUCAUCAACCACAUCCCAAACUUCAAUCCAAAAAUAUCCAACCGAUUACGACUCCAAUCCCAAUUCCUCCCAACAACAUCCCUUAUAAAAACUCCUCGUCAUCAACUACCUUCAAGAGUCCAACGACUUCCGAGAACCAAGAAUCAACACCGUCAUGGCCACGGCCACCACGUGCCGCCUCGUCCUCCUCCUGCCUCUCCUCUCGCUCCUCCUCCUCCACACCGUGUCGGCGUUCGACUCCGGCAACCAGCCCCAGCCGAGCGCGUACGAGAUGCUGGAGGGGUUCGGGUUCCCGAGGGGCAUCCUGCCGGAGGGCGUGACGGGGUACACGUACCGGCCGUCGGACGGCGCGUUCGAGGUGUUCAUGGGCGGGGACUGCGAGUUCGAGGUGGACGGCGGCUACCGCCUCACGUACCGGCGCAGGAUCUCCGGCAACGUGGAGGGCGGCAGCAUCCGGAACCUCGGCGGCGUCUCGGUGCGCAUGUUCCUCUUCAACUGGGGCAUCGACCGCGUCGUCAUGGAGGACGCGGACCGCCGCCUCAUGUUCUACGUCGGACCCAUCUCGCAGGCGUUCCCCGCCGACAACUUCGUGCAGUCCCCGCAGUGCCGCCGCCACGGUGGAGGGAACGGCGGCGUGGAUGCCGCCGCCGUGGGCAUGGCGGCGAUGUAGGAUGCCUACGUUGGGUAUGUACGUGACGGAACGGAGAGAGGCCGGAGGAAGAUCGAACGAUCGAGAUGUGUUGAUUCAAUUGUACGUACGUGUACAAAUUCAAUUUUCUUUGUUGCAAAUGAUGAGGCGCUUUAUUUGGCUAUGAAGAGAUUAGUGCUAGCUUUGCCUCUAAUCGAAGUGACAAUGAUUAUUGCGUAGGUGUUUAAAGUAGGACUUGUUGAGUUCACCCAAAAAAUCAAAAACUUUUCAAGAUUCUCCGUCA